UGCCUGAUGCCAGCACACAAAGUGAUUUCGGUUAGCCUCGUUAUUAUGUAAUAUUUUAACUCGGGCACAUGGGCCCACCAUUUAGACCGCUUAGCUGAGAAAUUGCUGAUUAUACGAUUUACUUUGGACUUUAGCACUAGGCUGUUAAUUUUACAGUUUGUUGCAUUUUACAGACAAGUAUUGUCCAGAUAGUAUUCAAGCUCAUAUAGCUCAUUUAUUUGUUCUAAUAGGUCAUUCCAUUUUUCUCCAUUUGCUCUUCAUGAUGUAUUUCGCGCAAACUAGAUGCAUUGCUUAUCUUUAUAAUUUUAUGGAUAUAAAAUGCAGAGGCGCCUUAUAUGAAACAGCGCAAUGUAGUCGCUAUCUUUUACAAAAAACACCUACAGAAUUAACAUUGAAAAGUAAUUUGGGAACAAGGCAAACGUAUUUUGUUGCUUUCUACUGAUGGAAACCUUUUUAUUCGUGGACAGUUCAUGGAAGCAAAUUUGAAGGAUAGGCCUACGUAAACGCAAGACUGCACUUUUUUCACACGCAAAGAAAUCCUUCGGUUACAUGGACGAUAUCACGAACUAGCUCCACAUUUAGUACCGAUGGACUACACUGAAGAGCCGGACGUCAAAUUGCCCUUAGCCCUUAUAGUCAACAUGCCGGAGCUGAAAGAAAACCCCUUCAGAAACCGGAUUGUGGAGGCCUUCUCUGAGGACGGCCUGGGGAACCUCAGCUUUAAUGACUUUGUGGACAUGUUUUCUGUGCUCAGUGAAAUGGCACCCAGAGAACUGAAAGCCAUCUAUGCUUUCAAAAUAUAUGAUUUCAACACAGACAACUACCUCUGCAAAGAGGAUCUGGAGAAGACCUUGAACAAGUUGACAAGGGAGGAACUGACAGCUGAAGAGGUGAACCUGGUGUGCGAAAAGGCCAUCGAGGAGGCAGACCUGGACGGCGACAACAAGCUCUCCUUUGCCGAUUUUGAGAACAUGAUUUCACGAGCACCUGACUUCCUAAGCACCUUCCACAUACGAAUCUGACCUUGUUCACCCUGAAGGACAUGUGCACAUGAUGACCAUUCACGUGAACAGGUUAUCUUCUACUUCACUGGGACCAUGGGCUGACCACGCUCUUCCUGACCAGCGACCGCGUGAAGCACUAUUUCCAAAACCAGGAAAAAUUGUCUGGGCUUUUAUCAAAAUUUCUUAGAGGAAAGCACAGGCCUUUGUGCCAUUUUCAUCUUUAAUCCAGAGGACUAAGCAAACGAGCGCAUGGUUUCCCCCCUCCCCCUCCCCAUACAAUAUCACAGCUCCUCAGGCUGCUGACCAGUUAGCAGGAAUGCGCCUUUGUUUUCAAAGGAAAAAAAAGGAAAAAGGUACAAAAGAACUGCGUUUAAUUGGAUACCUCCUGUUGGCACAGUGUUGUGUCUCCGGAUUUUUUCAGCGGCUUCUGACCUACAGCCUCAGGGCUUUUUCUUAUGACAGACCUUUUUAACAUGUCUCCGAUGCACACCUGAAAUAUGUGACAGAUGUGCUCACGUGUCAAGGAAUUGAGGAAGAGAAUUUAGGGCAAAAAAGCACAGCUUUUUUUGCUACCAAGGAGGUGAAGGCAGAUUUAUUUUCUAUCAGCUAUGCAAUCUUUCUCUAUUACAGUGCAUGAACGCAAACUGUUAAUGGCAAAUUUGCUUCGUGUGUUGUUUUAAUUCCACUACUGGAGCAUGACGACAAUCAUAUCUUCCUAAAUUUUCUCCAGUUUAAAGAAGGGCUUUUUUAUUUUUUGACCUUCCUCAAUCUCUGUCCUAUCCAAUGUCUGCCCGAAGUUUGAUCAGGCUUUAAUACCUGUUUUCCUGUUUUUGACUUUGGAUGUUAGUGUCAAUUACCCCAGAUUUUUUUUGUCAGCUGUUUGACAUGAUAAAAAAAACAUUUGGGCUACAAUUUCAAUAAAUGUUAUUUUCUGUUG